AUGACUGACCGCUUUACUCUAGACGCCGCUAAUGCCGGCCAUGCUGAGCCCGCUGGAAACGUCCAUUGGAUGGUUCCCCGUGCAGUCAACAAUCUGUUUACCGGACGCGCCGAGCUACUGGAUCAAAUCCAGGACGCCUUACUCGGUGACAAGACUUCCUGUGCUGGAAAGCAGAGGAGGUUCGUCAUUACUGGCCUAGGAGGACAGGGGAAAAGCGAGAUCUGCCUGAAGGUUGCGAAUGUGAUGCGUGAAGAGUUUUGGGGCGUGUUCUGGGUCGACAUCGGCAGUCCUUCUAUCGCUGAAAGUGGCUUCAUCGCCGUUGCAAGGAUCCUUGGAGCCACAGUCGAGAGGAUUGACGAUGCUCUUCGAAUCCUCGCAAACGAGAAGAGAAGCUGGCUCCUUAUCCUGGACAAUGCCGACGACCCAGACUUUGAUUAUCAACCGUACCUUCCGUCCGGAACUCACGGCGCAGUGAUCAUAACAUCUCGUGUCUCCCGCUGCAGCCGCUACAACACGGCUGGGUCAGAGGCACUCGCUGGUCUCGAUGUCCACCAUUCCACACGGCUUCUGCUUAAAGCAGCAGAGAUUCCCGAGGAAUCAUGGCCGUCUUACGAUCAACAAGCGAAGAUUGUUGUCAGCCUCUUAGGAUCACACACCCUUGCGCUGGUCCAGGCCGGCGCAUACAUUGGCAAUGGUCACGGCCGAUUGAACCAAUAUCCGGAAGUGUAUCAUCGGCAACGCCAACGACUUCUUAAAUACCGGCCCAGUCAGGCGCAGUCUAGGUAUCGGGAUGUCUACGCUACGUUCGAAGCAUCUGCUUAUAUGCUGGAGCGGUCCGAAAGUCAGGCCGCAAAAGAUGCUCUGCGCUUGCUUGAAAUUCUAUCCAUGCUGCAUUCUAGCAUUCUUCCUCUAGAGAUCUUCCAAGAUGCAUGGGAAGGUUCCAGACGAAUUCUCCUUGCCAACCACACAAACACGAGUGAACUGGGCAAUCUACGUCAAUGGCACAUUUCCCAAUUACCCGACUUCAUGGUCAUAGAAGGAAGCGAAUGGGAUGCUUACCGUCUCGUCGAAGCUAGUUCUUUACUUGUCUCGCUUUCUCUAAUCACACGGCACGAUUCAGACGGAGUGCCCGGACUGUCUAUGCAUCCACUGACGCACGCUUGGGCUAAGGAUCGUCAGGAGUUGAACCAGCAAGGCCAGGCUUGGAUCGCCGCUGCAUCUAUCCUUACACUAUCUAUUUUUGUCUCUGAUACAUGGCAAAGACAAGAGAGGCAUCUACGGCCGCAUAUACAGUCUUGCCUGACUAUCGAGGUCAAGACAGCGUUCUCACUAGGACCCGUAGCCAUGGUCCUCCCGAUCUUUCUCAGAUGCGGCCGGAUCCUGUCACAUAUGCGGGACGAUUCUAGACUUAGUCGUCUUCUAAAAGAGAUAUUCGCCCAGCUCAAAAUCGACCCAGAGAUACCAUCGGAAGAAUUUUUGCCUAUCUAUGAUCUUAGCGCAACGAGUUUGAUGGAUCUGGGGUAUCAUAAGCAGGCCCUCGCACUACUAGAGCAUAUCGUCGAAACCGAAGAGACCGCGCUGAUGGAGGACCACCCAGAUCGGCUUGCCUCGCAGCAUGAGCUCGCUGUGGCUUAUCAGGAGAAUGGUCAAGUAAAGCAGGCUAUUAUACUACUAGAGCACGUAGUUAAGAUUCGCGAGACUACGCUAGUAGAGGACCACCCAGAUCGGCUCACCUCGCAGCACGAGCUCGCUAGAGCUUACCAGGCGAAUGGUCAAGUAAAGCAGGCCAUCGCACUACUAGAGCACGUAGUUAAGAUUCGCGAGACUACGCUAGUAGAGGACCACCCAGAUCGGCUCACCUCGCAGCACGAGCUCGCUAGAGCUUACCAGGCGAAUGGUCAAGUAAAGCAGGCCAUCGCACUACUAGAGCACGUAGUUAAGAUUCGCGAGACUACGCUAGUAGAGGACCACCCAAAUCGGCUCGCCUCGCAGCACGAGCUCGCUAGAGCUUACCAGGCGAAUGGUCAAGUAAAGCAGGCCGUCGCACUACUAGAGCAUGUUGUUAAGAUUCAUAAGACUACGCUAGUAGAGGACCAUCCAAAUCGGCUCGCCUCGCAGUCUUACCAGGCGAAUGGUCAAGUAAAGCAGGCCAUCGCACUACUAGAGCACGUAGUUAAGAUUCGCGAGACUACGCUAGUAGAGGACCACCCAAAUCGGCUCGCCUCGCAGCACGAGCUCGCUAGAGCUUACCAGGCGAAUGGUCAAGUAAAGCAGGCCGUCGCACUACUAGAGCAUGUUGUUAAGAUUCAUAAGACUACGCUAGUAGAGGACCAUCCAAAUCGGCUCGCCUCGCAGUGUACGCUCGCUAAAGCUUACCAGGUGAAUCGUCAAGUAAAGCAGGCUAUUGCACUACUAGAGCAUGUUGUUAAGAUUCGCGAGACCACGCUAGCAGAGGACCACCCAAAUCGGCUCGCCUCGCAGCGCUUGCUCGCUAGGGCUUACCAGGCGAGUGGCUGA